GACCGAAUUACAUUUUGACACAGGAUUUAACCUGCUCUACCUUUUUACGCAUAUUUUUCCUUAUUCAUUCAUGUGAAAAAAAUCGUUCUACAAACAGGACUGUUUAUCAUUUAAAUUACUUUCUUGAUUCAUUCACAUGAAUCGAUAACCUUGAAGAUGAAAUUGCCAGCUCCCGUAUAUUUUCAGUGCUUAUAUAUAUUUUCAUUAAAGCGCACGUAUUUAUUUUUUUUUUGGUUAAAAUCGUACCUUUGAUAUUGUAAACAUACACUACAAGUCAAAACAGUAUUAAGUAGUUAGCUAAAGGAGCAACACAAUCCGGCUGUUUCUUAAUGCAAGUUGACAUUCAAAAAAAAUUGGGAAGUUUACUGAUUGCCUGCUUUAGGCGAAUGGCGGCUUAAUGCAGAUGACCGCUAAGACAGAUUCAGUGAUUCUUUCAAAUAUGGAAUACAAACUUAUUCAAGAGCGACUGUGCCCUUGGAUUUAUUUCGUGGUAUUUCUACAUAAAUACUUUGUUCUGUAUCAAUAAGAUUUUAGAUGCUUUGUUCACCAUGGAUAAAAGUACAAAAAUAACGAUAUUUUACGACUUGAAGGUGUAUUUACAAAUACCGAUGAAAUAGCAACACAAGGAAUACUGACACAACCGGUAGUUACAGAAGACCAUAAUGAUUGUCAGAUCAGUUCAGGUAAAAUAGAAAUGGAUAAUAACACCAAUAACUGUAGUGAAAUUAAUUCAAACGUUGCAAAUCCGUUAGAUACAGACCAACUGGAAGUUCGACCAUUCCAAAAUGACUCAGUUAUCGUAACACAGAACGAGGAUAUUAUUGACGAACAAGAAGGACAACAAGCACAGGCUGUAAGUUCGCAAAUGACUGGCACAAAUGUUCACGAAGAAAUAAGUGACAAUAUUAACCUAAAUAUACCAGAUGAAGACCGGACUCUAGAUAGCGAGGAACUGCGUGUAACAGAUCCAAUAAGUAUACACCCAUUAUCUGCUAUAACUGUAGCACUGCAGGAUAUUGCGGAAGAAACACAUCACGUGACCAUAAUACAUGAGGAGCAGAACCAAACAACCGAAUUUGUAAACAAGAACUAUUUUGAUCCGCCCCCAGAUUACGAAGAAUGCAUUAUUAUGGAGUAUUACAGCAAUAAUGGUCUUGUAUGUCGUGGUAGUCAGACCACACCAAACGCUUGUUUUUGUAGUUGUCAUGGCGGAGUUGCAAGGGGAAAUACUUUGACGUUACGUGGAGUAGACGAAUCGGCACGUAAUAUCGGCAAUGCAAGCGCAAAUGUUCAGAGGCUGAAAAAGGACAUGAAAAUCAAGUGUUUGUCUUGGUGCCUCAUAUUAUGUGUGGUCGUUGCUGGGAUUGUAUUUGGAAUCGUAGCAGCAGUUACAUAUGGUUGACCCGAAAAAAAAGACGAAUAACCUUUGUGUUCACAUUUAAUAGACAUGUUGUACUAGGUACAUUUUGACUGAUUUGAAAAAAAAAGACAAAUGACCUUAGAGUUCAUAUUUAAUAUACAUGUUAUACUAUGCAUUUUGUAUAUUUUAAACGUGCAUAAAUAUACUGAAUAUAAUAAUUGAAUGCUUUGACAUAUUUGAUCAUUUCGGUGACACAUUCGAACAUUUAAACUCAAACAUUAUUGAAAUGUUUCAUUUUCAUUUUUAAAUAUAUUUUCACAUGUUGCAAGAAGUUUUAGAUUUAACGUUUUUUUAAAAAAUGUAGUGCUUGUACGAUUAAAUCAUUUUCUAUAAUACAGUUUCGUUUCACCCUGAUACACCCCCCCCCACCCCGUUCAAUUAUCUUUGUAAUACAUGUAGUUUCAGAUAUUAAUUGCUCACUAAUUAACCUAUAUCAUUCAUAUCAUUUUACAUCUAAAAUAAGUCUCCAAACGAUUAAAUCGUUUUCUUUAAUACAGUUUCGUUUCACCUGGAUAUCCCCCUCCCCCUCCAAUUAUCUUUGUAAACAUUGCUCAACAAUUUUCUUGUAUCAUUUAUGUUAUUCUUCUUCUAAAAUAAAUGUUAUAAACUUCAGAUUUAUGUCUCCAAACCUGAAAUGUAGCAGUUCGAAUAUAUAUAGCACUAUUUAUGUUUCGAUGGUAUACUAAUGAUUGGCAUCCUGUGUUAUAUUUAUGCAAAUUUAUAAAGAUAAAAUUUUCACACAUAUUUAUUUAUUUAAUUAAGUCUCAUUCACAUGCAUACAAACACAUAUAAAACAUAAAAACAACUUUAAAAAAAUGCAUAUGACCAUUCUUGACAUAGAAUUAUAUGAGACUAUAUAAUCAAACAUUAAAUGACAACCGUAACAUUUCUAGUUAAUAACUAAAACAAGAUUUACCCUGUGAUCACAACACCCUUGUACUUUAUGUGAACCAGAGAACAUGUAUGCAAUAUACAUAAAAUACACAUGCACCGAUACAAACAAAUACUUGCAUCAGCAUCCAUACAUAUAAAUAUACAUAUAUAUUUCACACAUAAACAUAGCACAUACGUAUGUAUAUAUAUAUAUAUAUAUAUAUAUAUAUAUAUAUAUAUAUAUAUAUAUAUAUAUAUAUAUAUACAUAUACACACACAUAUACAUACACAUAUAUAAAUGCAUACAUAUACACAUAUAUACAUAUAUACACAUACACAUAUAUAUACACACAUACACUAACAUACAUAUAUACCCAUAUACAAAAAAUACACCUAUACACAUAUAAACACAUAUACAUAAAUACAUGUAUAUACAUACCCAUCUACAUAUAUAUCCACCUACAUAUACAUACAUAGGUACCGACCUACAUAUAUAUAUAUAUACACACAUACACGCACAUAAAAAGUAAUAUACAUACAUACAAAAAUAUACAACACAGUAUGGCCCGUCCGCUUAGCUCAGUAGGUAGAGCGUUGGUCUACGGAUCGCGGGGUCGUGAGUUCGAUCCUCGGGCGGGGCGUAUGUUCUCCGUGACUAUUUGAUAAACGACAUUGUGUCUGAAUUCAUUAGUCCUCCACCUCUGAUGAUUCACGUGGGGAAGUUGGCAGUUACUUGCGGAGAACAGGUUUGUACUGGUACAGAAUCCAGGAACACUGGUUAGGUUAACUGCCCGCCGUUACAUGACUGAAAUACUGUUGAAAAACGGCGUUAAACCCAAAACAAAAAACAAACAAACAACACAGUAUUAAAGAAACGCAACUCAACAGCCUAAAUAGGCUUAGCUGUUUAUAUGCCCAAUAGAUUUAUCUUCCCUUUUCCACAAUAUUCAAGUUCUAUUUACAUGAUAAAACUAAGGAGUCAUUGCUAAUCGUUGUAUUAAAAACCAUAUAAAAUGUCCAACUGAAACCAUAAAAGCUGAAUAAGGAAAACCGGCACUAUCGCGCACUUAAAAAAUGGUCUUUAAAGAUCGAUUAUCACCCCGAUCAGAUCGUAGAUGAACUGAUUAGCAAUAACUUCUUAGGAUCUGUAAAACUGCUAAUUAAUACUAAAAAAAAAUAUCUAUCCAUUAUCAACAACGAUAAAAUAACCUAUGUACUAAAAGGAAAUAAAAAGACAAUUCUUAGGUGUACAGAUAGUUUUUCCUACUUUUAAGAAUAUAGAAACAGGAUUUUGCAGCACACUUAACAAUUUCUGGAUUAGAAAAAAUAAAUGACAUUUUACCUUCAUCAGAUAAAUUGACAAAUUGUUCAUCUAUAGACACUGCCUUGGUAAAUAAAUCUUUUCUUAUAUGCUCAUACUCCUGACAGUAUAAUAACACAUGUUUUUCAUCUUCAAUACCAUUUCUGCAUAUUGGGCAUAUUCUUUGAUUUAAAGGUAAUCUCUCGUAUCUGCCUAUUUCAUGUCUGAUAGGGGCGAAACCACAUCUAAACUUUGCGAAAGCCGUUCUAUGUUUAUAAGGCAACAUUGUCUUAACAUAUGAUUCAGUUUCAAAAUUAAACUUGAAAGUUCUGUAAGUCCUCAAUUUAUUUCCUCCACUACCAGUAUUACUGUUAAUGGUAUGUAGUGUCUCAAUCCAUGUAUCAAGAUACUCAUUCAAAUAUGAGGUGGUUAAUCUAUCAAUCAAAAACUUUUUAUUCAAUACACCAUUUAUGUUAAAAAAUUCACCACAGUUGUAUUUUUCAAAAAGUUCCUUUAUUCUAUAUUGCCAAUUUUUACAUGCUCUACCAGCAAGGUUAAUACAGUAUUUAUUAACUAAACUAUUUAUUCUUAAAUUACUCAUACACGCCAACCUACACCAAGUGCCUGUCACACAUUUAAGUUGUUUAACAAAUAUUGGUUCCCAACCCAUGUCACCGGCGACUGCAGCACUUGGUGUAUAUCGGCCUGUACCAAGAAAAAACCUCAUGGCUCGAUUCUGAAUUGCUUCUAUACAUCAAAUAGCAUACCUCCCAGACUUUAAAUUUUGCCAUUAGUAAUCCAAGGGCUCUUCCCGCUGCUCUAGCAACAAAUUUAGCAGUGAAAUUGUAGUCGAGAAAUUCAUUCAAAGCUAAACCAAGAUAAACAUAAUUAUCAGCAAUUGCUAAAUUGUUUGAUCCACAUUUAAAUUAAAAAAAAUGUCCUUGGUGCAGACUUACUUCUAAAAUGUACAAUAUUGCUUUUCUGGGAAUUGAUAAGCAUAUGAUUUCUGUCACACCAAUCACAUAAAAUAUCUAACAUUCUCUGUAAAUCUUGUUCAUUCUUUGCUAAGUGAACAACAUCAUCUGCAUACAAUAAAAUUGACAAGAUUUUACCAUCAUCUAGUUCAAUUCCUAGCCCUACAGCAUUGAUUUUCACAGCUAGAUCAUUUAUAAAGCAAUUAAAAAGAACAGGGGACAAGAUACACCCUUAUCUUAAACCCAUAUUAACAUCAAACCAUUCUGAAGUAUAUCCAUUUAAUUUGAUACAAGAACUAACACAAGAGUAUAAUGAUUUGAUAACAUGUAACAUUUUACAGUUAACACCCAUGUCAGAAAUAUGAUUCCAUAAAAUUGAGCGAUAUACAUUCCUUCAAGAUUAAACGUUUAUGACAAAAUUAUAAGUAUCACGUUUUACUUGUAUGUCCCUAUCAUACAGAUCUUCGAGGAGAAAUAUUACUUUUUAAGUUUUCAAUGAUUGUGUAUGGCCAAAAUUAACCAAAUUCCAAAUUCUACAAAAAUCAACUCAGAAAAAAAUAAUUGUUAGAAUCUAGCUUAGCAAAAUUUAUAUAUGAAGGGACACAAGGUAAAUUGAUAAGUAUUAACUUGCCACUAAAUUAUAAAUUUUAUAUUGUGUCUGACAAAAAUAUUAAUGACUAUUCUAGCACGAUCCGAUUCAUUUUCCUAUUAAACAAAGAAGGCUGAAAACAGUAAAUUAUUAUACAACAAUUCACUGUUCUGACGUCACAAUUAUUACGUCAUAGCAUCAAACAGCAUAGCGACUGAUUGAGAACGGGCAAAUAUUUAAUAAAUGCCGUCAAGGUUGUACUUUAAAGUCCUUGGUAACGUGUUAGACUCGAAAUAAAAUAUCUCAUUUAGUGAUUUGCUCUUGAAUGAAAUCUUUGUUUAUCGUUCAGAUGCGUAUUAUUAUAUCACUCGGGCUGCGCUCUCGUAAUACAAUUCUUUCGCAUCUGCACUCCAAAGAAUGAGUUAUUCAGCGACAAAUCACUAAAUGAGAUAUAUUAUUUCUUAAUUCAAGGAUUGUAUAUUGUAUAUUUAUGGUAUAUGUAUGCACUAUCUGAAAUUACUAUUCGGACAAUGUAUCAUACUUUUCUUUAUACUAUACCAUCAUGUAGAACCGCCCCAUUGUGUAGGCCUAUAUGGCGAUGAACAUUAUUUAUUUUAAUGCCAAUAAAAUCUUUGACUUUUGA